GUAAAAUUUAGUUUACUCUUAGGAUGGGUUGCUUCAUUACUUAACUGUCAAUCUUUGACAAUAUAUGCUUGAUGUGACCAAGCUUUGAUGAUGAAUACCUUUCAAAAGUUUGUCUACUUAUCCUUUACCAUCGCACUGGUUGUUUAUGAAGUCAUAUUAGAGCAAGCCAACGUUGAUAUUUUAACUUCACGACUUGGAAACAUAACUUCUCCGGGAUAUCCCGGUAACUUCACGAGUAACAAUUCCAAAACAUGGAUUCUACCACACCCAAUUUAUUCCCAUAAUUCUUCAUUGGUGCUUCGCUUUUUGGAGAUGGAUAUGAUUUUUAUUUUUUUCAGAAGAAAGUUUGUCCUGGGAGACUUGACAAUUCAAGGGCAAAAUUUAGCACUUAUGGAAAGUGGGAGCUGCGUGAUACUUGAGAAGGAACACUGCCGAAUUCAAACGUCACAAAUCUACGAAAACUGCAUUGUUUUAGGCAACUUGAAUAGGUAUGCAAAUUUGAAGGAAAAUUUAACGAUGAAUUUCGUAGCAAACGGCUUCAAUAAAUACCUGAAAGACAAAAGAUUUAAAAUGGGAUACGAAUAUGUGGAAUGUCCAGAAAUUGAAACAACAACCGAAGCAAAUGACACACCUACGGAAAAAAGUAUUCUUCUUUCUUUGACAAUAAUUUUUGGAGUUGUGGCAGCCACUGCGAUUAUAUGCUUGAUAAGGUCAAAAGUUAAAAACAAUCUACACCAAGACGGCCAAAAUUGCCAAACUGAAGAGAUGAACCCGGAAUUGCGCCCGGAAGUGUACGCCUAUGAAAAUAUUGAGACAACAAGGCAAUAUGAAGUAGUUGGACCUAAACAAGAUGAACUAGGAUCUAAUUUAGCAGCUAAUGCAGCAGGUUACACAAAAAUGAAUCAAGAUCUUUCAAAAUUAGAAAACAUUGAUCAUUUGAAAAAGGAUAAAAAAAUCCUCCCAGUAAAAGAGUUGGAUGCAACCGACAUCGUCAAAAAUAAAGCUGUUUCUAGUGUCACAAACCCGGAACUAAAUCCAGAAAUUUUCAGCCAAUGCAUGAAUGUAAACGAGGAGAAAAAAAUGCAGGAUUCGUCGAUCCGGACGCAAACUCAGAUGCAAGCGGAAACACAGACCCGCCAAUGUACAGUGUUGUUAAUAAAAAGUCUGAUACGGGAGUCACAAGCCCUGUGGGACUCGCCACAGGGGUACACGGUUUGGCUAAAGAACAGCACUAUGAUGACUUAGGACAAAUUAACGUCGCAAUAGAAGAAGACGAUCGCCAUGUUGACGAUAUAUACUCCGUCGCUACUGAGUUUCACCGUAACGAUAACCAUGGGACUCAGGAGGUUAUGGAGAAUCCGUACGACUUUGCCGACAGACCUUAACUAACGAUUCCAAAACUAACUCACUAAAUUGUAACGGAAGAAACGAUGGACAACACAGCUUUAGAAUACAUUAUCAUACAGUCCUGAGCGGUGGGACAAAAUGACACUCUUUUUUGUUACAACUGAUGAAUUUUGUAGAAGGCCGCCGCCAUGAAACACCCCCGCAAACGCUCCAAAUAAAAUAAAAUUAUUUAGGGGUUAGGACUAGGAUUACAGAUUGCGCUAGAAAUUCAGAUUUUUAAAUUAUUCUUACUCGAAUCCUAAACGAAUAAAAGCUAAUCUUUCGUAUUAAAACGGGGGGGUCUACAAAAUAUUCAAACUUAUAGCUGAGUACGGGAUUACCAAACUUGCUAUCUCCCUGUUCAAAACCACCACAGUACCCAUCGAUUUUGGAGGUUACUCAUUCCUUUUAUGAAGUGUUUAUGUUUAUGUACAAAACCUAAGAUGGCACAUGGCCUUGAAUUUAUUUGUCUAUAUUUUGCGUAAUUCAAAUGUUCAAGUUCCAAUGUUCAAGUUCACGCGUGCUAAGUGUGACAUAAUAUGAUUACUCAACCGAGUGCGACAAGUCUUAAUUGCUGCAUCGCAUCUAUCUGUCUAGUAUCCAUCAUCGCAUCUAUCUCGCUACCACUCAGUCGUUGUAAACUCGUGCUAUCAUGUAGAUUUGUCUAUAUUUAAACGAUUUGUUUACUGUUUCCGUUUAAGUUAUAUUGCCAAGUUCUUCCGUUGUUCUCAAUGAACUAAGUUCGGUAUCAAGCCAGUUUUUACUCUGAAUAGAUAACUUUUGGGUGACGAAACUCCAGGUGACUCGCUUUUAUACAACUUAAGAAAAUGGAAUCUUCAACUCAACAACAAACCUUUCAAAUCCGAGAACUAAAACAGAGACUUUGCUUUAGCAUUGGCUCGUAUUUUACGCGUUAUUUGUUAUAAUUAUACUUUUACUGUCGCUUCGAUGGAAAUUAUGCAUUAUCAGCCUUGCUAUGUUUUAACAACCUUCCUUCGCAGUAUACUAAAUCCCGGAUGAGCCAAUAAACACGGUACCUGAAGGGAUCGGGGGGCACUAAAGCCAACCAACCGGCAGAACUUCUUCCCAGAAAUAAUAUUUUCGUUCCUAGCGGAGGGGUUUUGCAUUAUUUGCUGUAUUAAUACUACUAUUUUAUCAUUACUAUAAUACUCAAUUUAUGAACACAUAUAGACUACUUAAGCCAGGGGCCGGCAAACUAAGGCCCACGGAGCAAUAUAAUGCGGCCCUCGACGCUUCACUGAAUUAUAUUAACAAAACAAUUGUAUUGACGAUUAUAUUCUUUACCUGACAGAAUUUGCUUUGACACACUAAAUUAUAUUAUAACCUGAGAGGUAUAUAAUUCACAAUCACUCGUUUAAUGACUCUAUAAACUGAUCAUAAUUAGACAAAUGGCAACAGAACGUAAAAAAGUUGAUGCUCAGUGCAAAUGGUUUGAUGGCGCAAAAUAUAUUCAAAUGAUCAGUCUUCGCGCGCUGCUUGAAAUUUAACUGAAAUCUGUGUAAAAAAGUAGGAUUCAUUGACCAUUCCUUCCAUUUUUAACUUUCUAAAUUAUAUUUCUAAAAAUAUGUGUGGCCCACCAAUGACUUGCAACCCUUAUUUUGGCCCGCUAACGACAAAGUUUGCUGACCCCUUUGCUUAUAGACUUCCGUCACUUCACACAACUUGAUGUAAUGUAGGCGAAAAAAAUUAGUUACCUCCAUAUUGGUACACAUACUUCUCGAGCGCCGACAUUUUUGUGUGAAGGGAGGAUGGAAUAAAGUGGAAUUUAACAAAAGAGGUUGGAAACAACCUACGCCAUGGACGAAGUGUCCCACGGAGUUCCAACAACUAAUCUUAAAAGCUACCGGUAUUCAAAAAUUUAAUUCAUUUAAUAUGAAUAGAUUAUACAAAUUUGAACGUAUACAAAUACUCUUACAUAUAUAUUUUGAUUGUCAUUUCUGUUUUACAUAUAUAUAUUAUCCUUUGCAUAUAAUAAAACACGAC